ACUCUUCUUCUUCUACUUCUUCUCCCAGUCAAAUCUGAAAUUAACUGCAUAUUGUUUGGGUGCUGUUAAGAUGAGUGUUUGAAGUAAGUCAUGGCUAAUCCAGAGGAACUGGAGUCUGCAGCAGGUGUAGAUGUUGGGGCUGAUAUAAAUGGAGGAUCUAUUAUUCCCUGUAGAGAAACAACACAAGCAGGUGGUCAGGGUACAACCGAACAGAUAUAUCCUGAGAAAAUAGAGGUGGUCUCUGUAACUGAGAAUGACAUUCCUUCUGUGGAUAUCCCGACCCUGCACAAUAUCAGUCCGCUGGACAGUUCAAGUGCCAGUCCUGCACCAGAUGACAGCACCGUCAAUCCAACCAAAGACCCCCUCACAGAAACCCCUUCAGCCCAGCCCAGCCUUUCAAUGCCAGUUACCAAAGUCCAGCCCUUUGUCACAGAGGAUAAAACAUUUAGGGGGAGAUGGUUUGCACGCAGGAUGGAGAUACUUCUCGGGGCCUGUGUCCUGCUCAUCCUCAGUAUUGUGCUUGGAAUUGGAUUGGGUGUUGGGUUAAGCUGUACAGGGAAGUUUCGAUGUGCCUCUGGGUGUGUUAGCAUGUCUGCACAGUGUGAUGGGCACUUUGAUUGUGCACACGGAGAAGAUGAGCUGAGCUGUGUGCGUCUGAGUGGGAAGAGCUCUGUACUUCAGGUGCUCAUCGAAGGCACCUGGAGGACUGUUUGUGCAGAGAACUGGGACUCUGAGCUUUCCCUCUCAGCUUGCAAACAGCUCGGCUAUCUGAGAUAUGUGGAGGCAAAAGCUCUUCCUCUGUCCUCUAUUGAGCAGGACUUCCAGAGUAACCUGGUGUCAAUAAGUAUGAACAACACAAAUGUCCAACAGGCCAUCAAGAUACACAAUGUGACCAGUUUCAGUAAAACCCAGUGCAGUCUGGGGAUGAUAACAUCACUUAAGUGCAUAGCUUGUGGUUCCAGACCUAAGUUCAAUGCUCGUAUAGUAGGCGGUAACCUGUCGGUUGAGGGUCAGUUCCCCUGGCAGGUGAGCCUGCACUUUCAGAACGAGCACCUGUGUGGAGGCUCCAUUAUAUCAUCUCGCUGGAUACUGACUGCUGCACACUGUGUAUACGGGUUUGCAUACCCUGUGCUGUGGAACGUCUAUGUGGGUUUGAUUGACCAGCCGGUCAAUGCAGUGCAGUCUCUCGCAGUGGAGAAGAUCAUUUAUCACAGUCGCUACAGACCUAAGGGCUUGGACCAUGAUAUAGCUCUGAUGAAACUGGUGCAGCCCCUCAGCUUCAAUGGUUUUGUGGAGCCUAUUUGUCUGCCGAACUUUGGGGAGGAGUUUGAGGAUGGUAAAAUGUGCUGGAUCUCAGGAUGGGGUGCCACAGAUGAUGGAGGUGAAGGGAGUGUUUCGCUGCAUUCAGCAAGAGUCCCCCUGAUCUCUACAAAAGCCUGCAGUCAGCCUGAAGUUUACCAAGGUUAUAUAUCACCAGGCAUGAUCUGCGCAGGAUACUUAGAUGGGGGAACAGACUCCUGCCAGGGUGACAGUGGUGGUCCAUUAGCUUGUGAGGAUUCCUUCACCUGGAAAUUGGUGGGAGCCACGAGCUGGGGGCAAGGCUGUGCAGAAAAGAACAAACCUGGGGUUUACACGCGCAUCACACAGUCCCUCACCUGGAUACAUCUGCAGAUGGAGAGAGAAGAAAUACUGCAUCCCUCUGCUACCAGCUCUGAUUAUUGAGAUGUAUAGCUCAAUUAUAGGAAAUGCAACAUCAUGGAACUGAAUCCAGGCAGAUACUCCACAAAUAAACCAAAGCCUGCCACAGGCUGCACCUGUCACUGUAUGUCACAUAAAAGAACAGCGCAAGAAAUCAUUAUAUUACAUACACUCAAAUCUGAAAAAGGUUUAUUUGGUGUAAGUAGUCUUAUACAGUACUUGCUAUUGUAUUAAGAAAUGCCUGCCAAACACUCCUCUGAUGUGUCAUGAAUGAUAAAAUACACAAAUAUUUCCAGACAGGCAAGUGACAGUGUGCUUAUAUCUAAUAUGCAAUAAAUAUGGAGA